GGUGGGGUGGGGUGGGGGGGAGAAAGACCUACGACGCUCUGCUGUGUCGGGGCGCAGGGCGGGCAGGUGACGCCCACGCGCGCUCUGGCACCCCGCGAUGGCUCAGAGGCCGGACGAGCCGAGCGGGGGUGCGCCCGCGGGGGGCGCAGACAAGGCGGACGCGGAGGUGAAGCUCAUCCUCUACCACUGGACGCAUUCCUUCAGCUCGCAGAAGGUGCGCUUGGUAAUUGCUGAAAAGGCAUUGAAGUGCGAGGAACAUGAUGUAAGUCUGCCCCUGAGUGAGCACAAUGAGCCUUGGUUUAUGCGUUUGAACUCAACUGGAGAAGUGCCUGUCCUUAUCCACGGUGAAAACAUUAUUUGUGAGGCCACUCAGAUCAUUGAUUAUCUUGAACAGACUUUCCUGGAUGAAAAAACACCCAGACUAAUGCCUGAUAAGGAAAGUAUGUAUUACCCACGGGUCCAGCAUUAUCGAGAGUUGCUGGACUCUUUGCCGAUGGAUGCCUAUACACAUGGCUGCAUUUUACAUCCUGAGCUAACUGUGGACUCCAUGAUCCCAGCUUACGCAACAACGAGGAUUCGCAGCCAAAUUGGUAAUACUGAGUCUGAACUCAAGAAGCUCGCUGAAGAAAACCCAGAUUUACAAGAGGCCUACAUUGCCAAGCAGAAGCGUCUUAAAUCAAAGCUGCUUGACCAUGACAAUGUAAAAUACUUGAAGAAAAUUCUUGAUGAGUUGGAGAAGGUUUUGGAUCAAGUUGAAACUGAGUUACAAAGGAGAAAUGAAGAAACCCCAGAAGAGGGCCGUCAGCCUUGGCUCUGCGGAGAGUCCUUCACCCUGGCAGAUGUCUCGCUUGCUGUCACCUUGCAUCGCCUGAAGUUCCUGGGCUUUGCGAGGAGAAACUGGGGAAAUGGAAAGCGACCGAACUUGGAAACCUAUUAUGAGCGUGUCUUGAAGAGAAAAACAUUUAACAAGGUUUUAGGACAUGUCAACAACAUAUUAAUCUCUGCAGUGCUGCCAACUGCAUUCCGGGUGGCCAAGAAAAGGGCCCCGAAAGUUCUUGGCACCACCUUUGUGGUUGGUUUGCUUGCAGGAAUGGGAUAUUUUGCUUUUAUGCUUUUCAGAAAGAGACUUGGCAACAUGCUAUUAGCGUUUAGACCUAGACCAAAUUAUUUCUAGGCUUUUACAGACCGAGUGGUGGAAGUUCAUCCAACCAUUCUGCUCUAUUCCUUGUCUGCUCUUCCAGGCCCAGUGGGCAGCUAUUAAAAACAUGAAAAAAAAAUACAACAUAUCUAAUUUACUUUACUCUUUGGGUUGCUUAUGUGGGGAAGAGAGGCAAUGAAGAGUUUUUUGUGAGCUGGUGACUUAUUUGCAAGCCUGAACGAAUCCAUUCUUAAACCAUGGUUCUGUCUAGGCUGACGGGGGUCAGAGCAGUUUUAACUCUACAUGCGAGCUCCAGGCCUGACUGAUUUAGGGGUAAAGGCUAUUAGUAUGAGCAGACCUGGGUAGCCAACUAUUAUGGCUUAGGUUUCUUCAUUUGAGGCUAUCUUGAUGUGCUGUGUUGAACAGUGAUCAGUCUUCCCGCCUGGAAUUUAGACAGCAGCUUUUUUACAUGCCACAGGGAUUUUGAUAGCAGCAGGAAGUGGCAGUGCCUCCUGUUCUUAGGCAGACAUAAGGGACGCAAAGGAAGAGGGAGCAGAGAAAAGGGAGAAUGAAGUCUGUCUGUCCUGUAUUCUGAAGAGCAGUAGAACAAUACAGCCUCUAGCCACCUCCAGUGCCACUAUGGCUUCCUGUCCUCUAGUAAACAUAUUACACUCCUGUGUCCCCUAUUCACACACCCAUCUGCAUGGAGUCAAGAUCUCCAGGGGCAGAGGACUAGGGCAUCAUUGGUCAGGGGUUAAGCUUGAGAGAACAACAAAUUUUGCAUUUACAGCACCUCAUUUGACCUUAGUGUUUACUUCUUGCUUAGGAAUUGCCCUCAUUGUUCCCAGUAAGAGUAACUUUAUAUAUGGUGGAUGUGAACCGUGUCUGUCUGGCAUUUACAUGAAUCUCCUCAGUGAUAUGAAAAUGGUUCCUUUCUUUUUCUUGUGGUCCCCCAAUUUAAUGGUGCCUGUGAGAUGCCACUCCUGUGAAUAAUCACGUCCGACCUUGGCCUGUAAAGCCCUGUUCAUGGUCACAAGUAUCAUUUAGACAAAUGUCCCAGCUAAUCACUAGCUUGACAAAUGGCUGGGUAGCGAGUAUUUGAAUCAGCUGGGUUUGUUAAAUAUGUUCAUUUGAGGAGGCUGUGUUUUAACAUACUCUUAUCCGGGCUGACAUCUAGCUCUGAUCACCCACAAAGCCUUAAAAGGUUACAGAGAAAGAGGAAUUGAUCCUCAAUUUAGAAGAGAAGAAUAUGUAGUUAUUUAGUGAUGUUGAAUGAUGUCAUGCAUAUGGAGGCAUUGGAGGAUUGCUGCAAGUCCGUCCAGAAGAAACCGUUUCAGGUGUGUCCAUAAAAGGUAGAUUUGCUCGGAGGUUUGUGUGCAGGACAAAGCUUUCAUAACAGUACAAAGACAUGUCCUUUGAAGGGCAGUGAGAGCAGUUUCAGCUCACUGGGAAAAGAGAGAGAGAGAGAGAGAGAGAGAGAGAGAGAGAGAGAGAGAGAGAGAGAGAGAGAGAGAGAGAGAGAGAGAGAGAGAGAGAGAGGAUUUCUAGCAAAAAAAUCUUGCUUUGGGCUGACUCAGAUUAUGCAGAAUAGCAAGGAUGUGCAGAUGUCUUCAUUAAUAGGUAACAGUCAUACCUAAAAAACAACUUUUUGAUGGUAAUAUGAUUCAUUUCGUGAUCUGUGUGUUUUAGAAAAUCUACACAAACUAGUUAUUUCCUGUUUACAAGCAUUUAAACCAUCUCCAGAGUAAAAUUAGUGGGACCAUCAUUGACAGACUGGCAGCUUAAAGAAUCUUAUUUUUGCAUUUUGGUGUAAUGUUGUAAAGUCUGAAUUUGGUGUGGGGCAUUCUAAUCCAUGUGUUCAUAAAGUAUUUCAGAACACUGAUUAAUAGUACUUUAUUUGAAGCAGAAUUAGACAUGAAGGAUUCAGUUUGGGUUUAAAAAAGUCACAAAAAAAAGAAAAAAUCUACAAGGAAUAUUUAUCUUUAAAAGGUUUGUUGACUAAAAAUAAAGAAUCAAAGUUCAGUGUUGUUUUAUUCCUAAAUUUCUACUAUUACUGAAUCAGGAAAAAAUUCUAGAAUGUAUUUAUAGUUUUAUGAGAUUCAUUGAAGAUAUGCUUUUGUCAACAGUAGAAUAUAUCAUGACAAUUUCACUUGUUUCAUGAAUGUUCUUGUAUUUAUAUUUGUUUAAUAUUUGUUUGGAGUUGUAAUAGCCACUAGAUGCCGCUGUUGAUCCAGUAGUAUCACAUUGAGCAUUCUUACCAAGACUUGUGAACUAGUUCAAGUAAAGAUAACCAUUAAUGACCUUUGUUUUAGAAAACAGCAUCUUCGUCAGAUUAUUGAUCUGUAAAAUAGCUUGAAGCACAUGUAAUAUUGAUUUCUGAUGCUUUGGAAGGACUAACAGUACCACACAAUGUCAAGUAAAAGUGCUGAAUGUAUACUAUUCCUAGUAAAUAGGCACUAAUUUGUUUUCUUUUUUUCAUGAUCAUUGAUGACUGGCUAAUGUGCUUUGCAGUUUCCAAAAUUCAUUUUAAUAUCACAGAACAAUGUCUGAGGUACUAAAGUUGUAUUGACUAUUAUGCCUUAUUAUGUAUGUACUAUUUUGUUACUGCAAUUCCAUUUUUCCUUAAUUGCCGACAGUUGUAAAUUGCUUGCUUUUUUAGUAACUAUUGAUAUUAUACCAGUCUUUGUUAAUUUUUUUGUGUGUUUAAUGUAAUAGACAAAGAUAGCAUUUUGCCUGUAUGAUCAAUAAACUUAAUUGGGGAAGGAAAAAAA